CCGCACAUGCAAAACCAAGGAACAGACUGAUUUGUGGGUCUGCUCCCCUCCCUUCGCACGGCCUAUGGAGGUACAGCCACUCCUCCAAGGCGUUCUUGUGUGGACAGAAUCUCAGGGAUGGGAGACUGCAUUGAAGCGUUGCAGACGCACGGAAUUAUUAAUUUCUGAAGACAGCUGUCAAACAGCGCGGAGGACUGGAGGCUGAUGCACUAUUCUAUUUUUUGUUUAUUUUUUUUUGUAUGCAAUUUCCUAGUGUAGCGCGCAAGAUACAUCAACAACAGGACGAGACGCGUUUGACUGGGAGUGUGGUUCAUGGACAACUGUUUAUCUCGGAGUCUGCCAACGCCACGUUUUAGAAAAGAAACUCGUGAACUUAUGCAUUGUUAUGCAUGUUACGCAAAAGCAUGACAAGUACAAUUUGUGACAUUUUCUUCGAAAAUUAAGCCUACCGAUUUGAAGUAUCAAAGGACUGUUAUGAUCGACACACAGAGCACAUGGUGCGUGAUCGUACAAGCUAUUGUGUGACUUUUGAAAAAUAUUUGGACGUAUUCAAAUAUGUUUAGGUAAUAUCUUAUUUCGUGAAGGGGCAAAUUGUGUACCCGGGCCGUCCAUAUAUUGAAUAUUCAUAUUUUGUUUAGUUUUUUUUCGCUGUCAUUUAAGUUUUUGUCCACUCAAGAAAGAAAAUAAUCAGAUCAGCAGAGAUGGAGAGUCAAGAGGAAAAGGAAAACAGCCCACCGAAAUCAGACAAACGAUUCAGUUUGUGGUACAUCGGUUCGUCCGCUUUGGACAGACGGACUACCUUGCCCAUGCUGCCGUGGCUGGUUGCCGAAAUUCGGAGGAAGAGCGAAAAAAACGACUCUGGUCCCAUCCAGGCUAGAGAAGUUCAGCUUGUGCUCAUACCUCCAUUCAUCAGAUGCGUCCCUUCCAAUAACGCCAACUCAUCUGUCUUCAUAUUUGAACACAAAGCACAGCUCAUUUCUCGAUUCAUUCACAACAGCAAUGAUCUCACUUACUUUGCUUACCUUAUCCGGGGGCAACAAGACAACCCCGAAUCCCAGAUGUCGUGUCACGUCUUCAAGGCUUGUGACCCCAACCAGGUUUCUGAGGUCAUCAGCAGCAUUCGCCAAGUGUCCAAAUCUGCGCUGAAGGGUGACGCCAAGCCCAAACAGGAGACAGACGAAGCCUUCUACAACUCCCAGAAGUACGAGGUCCUGUACUGCGGCAAGGUGACGGUGGGCCAGAAGAAGGCCCCCACCACGCUGGUGGACGACUGCAUCGAGAAGUUCCGACAGCACGAGGUGGACCGCAAGCGCCAGUGUCCGCUCAGCGGGCAGCGGGCCUCCGCCGACGGCAGCACGGUGGAGUUCACCGUGGGCGGGGAGGGGGACCCCCUGUCUGCCGUCCUCAACGAGAGCCUGGAGGACAUGGACAGCCUCCAGGCGGAGCUCCCGGACGCCCGAGGAAGGAGCCUGUCCGGCAGCGCCAGCCAGGGCAGCCUGAGGGGCGGUUUCCCAGAAUGCAUCCUGGAGGACUCCGGCUUCGAGGAGCAGCAGGAGUUCCGCACGCGCUGCAGCAGCCUGGCGGGCGGCAUACAGAGGCGGCCCCGGGAGACGGCCAUGAUGCCGCCCGCUCGCCGCCGCCAUGCCAGCGCACCCAAUCACGUGCAGCCGUCCGACGCCGACAAGAACCGCACCAUGCUCUUCCAGGUGGGCCGGUUUGAAGUGAACCUCAUCAGUCCGGACAGUAAAUCAGUGGUGCUGGAGAAGAACUUUAAGGAUAUAUCGUCCUGCUCUCAGGGGAUAAAGCAGACUGACCACUUUGGAUUCAUCUGUCGUGACCCGGUAGAGUCCGGCCCCAGCCAGUAUGUGUGCUUUGUCUUCCAGUGUGCCAAUGAGUCCCUGGUGGACGAGGUGAUGCUGACCCUGAAGCAGGCCUUCAGUACGGCUGCCACCCUACAGAGCAACAAGACUCCGGUGCAGCUGUGUGAAGCCUGCCCCAUGCACGGCCUGCACAAGCUCUGUGAGAGGAUCGAGGGCCUUUACCCUCCCAAGGCCAAGAUUGGCAUCCAGAAAUACCUCUCGCAAAUGAGCGAGAACGAGCAGGUGGACAUUUUCGAGCGAGUUACGAAAAUGAAGCCCUCGUCGGAGCAAGAGGAGAACGAGGUGGUGAUCCUUCAUCUCAGAACGCUGUGUGAAACCAAACAGAAGUCCCACCUCCACAUCGGCGAGUGCCCGCAGAACUCGCCAAACAGCGCAGCGGGAGACGGCGCCGGUGGUCGUUUCAAACUGGACGCCCUGAAGAACAAAGCUCGCACCUCUCUCACCAGCUCCCUGGAGAACAUCUUCACGCGGGGUGCCAGCCGGAUGCGCGACCGCCUGGGGAGCAUCGGUAGCAUGAGCAGCUUCGACAGACAGGACGAGGAGUCCCCGGGUCACUCCCCGCCAGCGCCCGCGUCGCCGUCCGGUUUCCAAGACGACGACCCGGGGGCCGAGGGCCUGCAGUUCCGCCGGCGCGCCCACACCUUCAGCCACCCCCCCGUCAAGAAGCGCAUCUCCUUCGAGGGCCCGCCGGCCAACCAGAGCAAGCACCCCCCGCUCCGUCGGCAGCAGUCAUUGGCUCCCGAGCUACUGCAGCACAGUCCCGCGGGCGUGUCGCGAACCCGAAGCGUCUCGGAGAGCGAGACCUCCUCCUUCAGCCUCGCUUCCUCCUUCUCCGCUCCCACUUUCCUGAAAAGCUUUUACCAAGGCUCUCUGGGCUCGCUGGCAGACAGUGGGAGUCUCAAGAGCAAUGGGGAGGGUAGGAAGAGGACCCUGUCUGCCUGCAGCAACGACUCUGUAGGCGCAGCGGAGGUCGCGACCCCCCGCAAGGUCUCCUGGAGGCAGAAGAUCUUCCUGAGAGUCGCCUCGCCCAUGAACAAGCUGCCCGCGUCCAUGCAGGACCCAGACCCGUGUGAAGCCCGGGACCUGCUGCCCCUGUCCCCCCAUCUGAGCCCCCUGGACUGCCAGAUGUCCUGCUCCACGUCCCAGGACGGCGGCCCCCCCGGGGGGCGUCCGCGGAGGACGGUGGCCGACUACCGGCUUCUGUGGAGGAACGCCAUCCACCAGCAGAUCUUGCUGCUGCGCAUGGAGAAGGAGAACCAGAAGCUGGAGGCGAGUCGUGACGAGCUGCACAUCCGCAAGGUGAAGCUGGACUACCAGGAGGUGGGCCCCUCCUCCAAGGAGGUGCUGGCCCAGUGGGAGAAGAGGCUGACCGCCCCGGGACGGACCACCGUACUGCAGCGCACUGAGGAGCUGCACUCUGCCCUCUGCCAGGGCGUGCCUAAGGGCCGGCGCGGCGAGGUGUGGCUCCUCCUGUCCCACCAGCACCGCCUGCGCCACCGGCUGGACCAGCGCCAGCUCUUUGCCCCCGACACUCCCUACCAAGACCUGCUGAAGCAGCUCACGGCCCAGCAGCACGCCAUCCUGGUGGAUCUAGGCCGGACCUUCCCAAAUCACCAGUACUUCUCAGCCCAGCUAGGAGCAGGGCAGCUUUCUCUUUACAAUCUCCUGAAGGCCUACUCUCUGCUGGAUACAGAGGUGGGCUACUGCCAGGGGGUGAGCUUCGUGGCAGGGAUCCUGCUGCUCCACAUGAGUGAGGAGCAGGCCUUUGACAUGCUCAAGUUCCUCAUGUAUGACCUGGGCUUCCGGCGCCAGUACAGGCCCGACAUGGUCUCUCUGCAGAUCCAGAUGUACCAGCUCUCCCGCCUGCUGCACGACUACCAACGCCGGCUGUACACCCACCUGGAGGAGCAGGAGAUCGGGCCCAGCCUCUACGCCGCGCCCUGGUUCCUCACGCUCUUCGCCUCGCAGUUCCCCCUCGGAUUCGUCUCACGCAUCUUUGAUUUCCUCUUCAUCCGAGGCACCGAGGUGGUGUUCAAGGUGGCGUUGUGCCUCCUCAGCAGCCAUGAGGAGGAGAUAAUGGAGUGUGACAGCUUCGAGAGCAUCGUGGACUACCUGAAAACUACGAUUCCCAGCAUGACCGAGGCACAGAUGGAGCAGACCAUCGCUAAGGUGUCUGAGAUGGACAUCUCCAAGCAGCUCCACACGUACGAGGUGGAGUACCACGUCCUCCAGGACGAGAUGGUGGAGGGUGGGCCCCUGGCGGAGGACUCUGAGCGGCUGGAGAAGCUGGAGAAGACCAACGUCCAGCUGAAGAGGCAGAACAUGGAGCUGCUGGAGAAGCUGCAGGCGGCGAGGCAGAAGAUCCAGACGCUGGAGACGAACGUGGAGAGCUUCCUGUCCCGGGAGAGCAAGAUGAAGCACGCCAUUCGCUCCCUGGAGCAGGAGAGGACGUCGUACCAGAAGACGGCCGAGCGCAUGCGCUCCUGUCUCCCUGCCGACGCCUUGGCAGAUGUGGAGAUGACCCAGAUCAAAAUGGGCCCCAACGGAAAAGCCAAACCCGUGGCCAAGAAGCCCUGAUUGGGUACCCCAAGCAGGGGGGGGGGGGGGGGGGGGGGGGGGGGUGUGGAGAUGUGGGUUCGACCACCCGCCCGCUCUCCCUGCCCCGCAAGGACGCUGCAUGAGGUAGACGGCACACACAGCAAAUGGCAUUUCUAAAGUAACACUGUAUAUAUUGUUUGAAGGCUGGGCUGCAUUGUGCGGCCACAUAAAGAGCCUGAGAGUUUUCACAAUACGAUGUCUGGGGCCUCAGACGAGCCAACACAGCCGUCUCCUGCCCCCAGACUUUUCCUAAUGGCGCACCAAAGUACAUUUUUCAGUCAUCAUUCUCUCACUGCCAGUUAGAAGCUCAGCAAUAAAGUAAUAACCGCUCAAGGUCUUUGCCAGGGGGCUUCAGGCAGAGAGACGACUCCGGUCUGAGUCUAAUCAAGCACUGCCUUAAUGUAACAACAACCACUGCUAGUCAGAGGUGGUGGACCAAGUCUGACGUUUGGGUAUGGCGUCUGCAGGCAUGAUUUAGUGGGGUAUACAAUCAACCAAGUGUCAGUUCACCCCUACCUGUCGGUGAACUCACUUUUAUGCAGAGACUUUGGAGGCUAUCAUGAAAAGACGUCCUCCUUUUUGCUUUCAUAACUUUGUUCAACUGUUGUUUUUCCCGUUGUUUGUACUUGAAAACGAUGUGAAUGUAAUGUCCAUCCCAAAAACAAAAGACACUGAAUACAAUCGUGGGAAAGUUGUUGUUGUGUUUCGGGGGAGCUCAGCAUCUAGGUCCUGUGUGGAGGUCUGUGUCUACUGGUGGAGGAGGUGGAGGUCGGGGUGGGCUUCCACUCACUAGGAAACACAAACAAAGGGAUGUGUCAAGACGCUGAUUGUGUGAGUGAACCAGAUAGUGGUCUCCGGUCGUGUUGUGGAGUCUUCGCCGUGGUGAUGACCCCCCCCCACCCCCACACUCUGCCCCGCCCUGGACCAGCUGAUCUAGUCAUGGAGCAGGAGAGGGGGGGCUUCAGGGCGUGUGUGAGACCACGAGGUUCCACCGCAGAAGAGCGAACCGACCGCGCCCCGGCCGUGACUCACGUGGUCCGGGACCCCCCCGUUUGUACUUCUUUCUCGUUUCGUCCUUUGUUUUUAUUUUUUAUUUUCAUUAGAAACGUUUGCGGCAGCAGACGUUUCACUAUCAAAAGCAUUCGUCGCGUUGUUCCCUCCUCUGUGUUUACUUUUUAUUCGUGACGCACCAGGUGCUCCUUCGCCCGAUCGACUCUACCGGUCGUAUCUCGCCAUGGAUCGGGAGAGGACGGGUGUCCCCCGCUCUCGCGUUGUCUUAAGACGUUCCCCUCGAACACCUGGACUGCAGACGCUGAGCUCUCCUUCAGCGAGGUGAGAAGAGAUGGAAGACAAACAGGAAGGGAGGACAUCAAAACGGUUGCCAGUGUCUGUCGAGUAGAGAAAGUCCUUUUAGUUCUUACACCAUGCUCCUUAUGGGUAACACACACACACACACGCGCGCAAAUACACACACACACACACACGUGCGCAAAUACACACACAUGCACGGAAAAUCACACACACACACGCGCGCACGCACGCACACGCACACACACGGAGGGAGGCAGACAUCGAACCGACUGACCUCAGGGACAGACGGUUCAGUUCUCUCUCUCCCUCUCAAACUGUCUCUUGGUUCUUUUGUUUAGUUCCAUCCCACCGCUGUGUCUGACUCACCAUCUCUUAAGGUUUCUCACUGAAGGAGAAGACACUCCUGGGCUUUAGUGCUACGUUAUACAACACGUAUGCAGUGUCUGUGUAAAAAUAAGUAUUGCACGAAAGGCCAACUGCGUUUCCCUACCCUUGAUGGCAAACGGUUGUCCAGAGUGCUGUAUUUCACAUAAAAUGCUGCUUGUUUAUGAGCAUACAUUUUUUUUUUUACCAUGCAACACGGCCUGCUGAACAAGGCUGCUGUUCGUUUGCUUUGCUUAAACAGGAAUGUGCAGAAUUUACCAACUUAUGUUUUGAAACGACCAGUAGACGACCCUGAGCAAUGCGUCAGGUCUCGUAAGCGGGCAAAAAGUUGCACUGUAACAUAUUUGACAUUUUGUUACCGUUCUUGUUUUUUUGUUGUAUUUUACAAAACUUGCAGUAAUCACUUGUGAAGACUGGUUAUUCGUUGUACAGGAUGUACUUCAAAUUAAUCAUUUCCAAGGCCUUCUCUUUCUUAAAACUAUUGGAUGACCAGUAGAAACCUGUUCUACACUGGUGGCUUUUUAACGUUGAAUAUUGGAUGAAUCAUUGUCAAUAACAUCAGCUCUUGGAACCAAAGAGGCAGUCUAUUCAGUUAUCUGAAGUAAAAGUCACCAAUUUCACAAUGUAUUACAAUGUAUUACGAUCUUUACAUUGCUAUUUGAUACAUUUUAUAUCAGGUGUGCUGUUUAGAGACAAUGUAGCAUAGACUCCUCAACAGACACGUACAAUAGCAUUAUUAAUGCUCACUUAAAAAUAGCUUUUCAGUGUUGUGGGUAAAUACUGGAUGUGGUUGACUGAUCAUAGUGUGGCUUACAUAAUCUUUGAUAAACAAUGUUAUGCAUUACACAUUUAAUUUUCUGAUGAUUGCCAAAAUCUGAACGCCUUAAUGAUUCACUGUCUGACAAUCUGCAACACGUUGGCAACGCAAGUUCUGCUAUUGCAUGUCAAUUGUGUCCACAUGGUGAAUUAAUGAUUUCUGCUCUGUUUUUCUUUUCUCUUUUAUUUAUUUUUCUUUUCUUUUAUACCGCCUGGUGCUUUAAGCAUCAACAGCAUUAGCACCGUGUUCUUGUUUGAUCAUCAACCACACAAACGUAGCUCAAAAGGCAAACGCGUUGCGCGUUUCCCUCCCUUUAACUUGAAGCCUCCGCACCCAGCCGGGAGACAUGUCAUGAUAUCUUCAAUAAAAACCUCUUUCUGGUUGUCUUUCUCA